AUGACCAUGUUACCGAAAAUCGUCGUUUCGACUAAUGUCGGGUCGCCGGUAUUUCGACAGAUUACCGACGACCAGCAGGCGUUCAAAAGUUUGAAAAUUUCCGCCGUUAAUCCGGAAGAUGAUGACGUCAAACCUCAGAUGCUGGCGGAAGUGUCCGUCUACUCGUUCACCACGCCGCAAGUAAAAUGGCGGGUGGUAACCGAAAAUAGAAUCCAGGAAGUGGAUUUGGAAAAGCACUUCCGUUUCCGGCAAACGCAGAAAAAAAUCGGUAGAUGUUUUGUAAGUUACAUCCUAUCAUUUGAUAAAUCGGCUGUUGUGCACAAGAUGGCGUCAAAAAUGGCGGAUGAAAAUCGAAUUUCCAGAUUGGUUCAAUUUUCGAAGAGACAUAGACACACAGACAAACAAACAAAUUCACAUUUUGUGGGAACGCACGGAGAGAAACCACGUGUGUUUGCUAUUUAA